AUGAUAACCAAGAAUCGUGUUAGAGAUCUCUGGGCGAACAUCUGGAAGAGGCAGCUCGCAACAAUGAAUGAAUACAAGUAUGCAAAAGCGUGGCAGUCCGGAGAGCAUUCGUGCAAGUUUAGUCGUAUAAGUUCUGCAGCUGCUGCCGUUUUAUGGAUCUUUGCACUCUAUUUCUUUCUCAUUGAGGAGACGGACUGGGCGUUAACUCCUGCUCAAAGCCGCGCUAAGAACCGUCCCUGUAGCCUUCUAUCGUUUUAUGAUUAUCACGACCUAUGGCAUAUCACAUCUUCAUUGGCCUCAUUGGUGACGUUGAUGGCGGUCUCGACCCUGGACGAUGCGGUUUCCGCGCUACCUACGGGCGAAUUGGCAAUUUUCUAA